CAGUUCGUUCGUGCCCGCGGUAGAACGAGCGAGCUGCAAAGAGCCAAAGCAAAUACCUGCGAUUGCUGGUCCGGCUCAGCCCAGUCUUGCCCCCUCUUGAUGCCCACCCGCCGCCCAAGCAAAAAUCCUGCAAGAAGGGGACGAGGGAGAUCAAGGCACUACUGGCCGUUAUCCCCGUUCGAGAAAAAGACGCUGCCACCGCUCUCGUCGUGAUCAUCAGGCACGUCAGUCUGCUUUUCUCUUACUGCUCCCUCACCUGUUCCCGCCCGCUUGUCUUUCCCUGACAGGUCAUCUGCCCUCUUCACCGUCGCCAAUCUUCCUCUUCCUCUUCUUCACCUCCCAACUCCAGUUCCAGUUCAAGAACCCCCUCUGGUCUAUUCUUCCUCCGCUCAAACUGCCCGUCCACACUCCAACAGAGACAGGAGUGGCUCCGUGGAUCCGUGGCUCCGUGGCUCCGUGCUCCAUAUCCGAUCUCUCCCAGUCCUCCAUCCAUCCCUCACUUCUUUGCCGAACGCUGCAGGUACAGUCCCACUCGCGCGCUCGCUCCACGACAGCCUAGUCGUUCAUCGACACACCUGUCAACGUACCCGCUCCUGACGGCCUUCCGUGGUCCUGCCAGGCCGUCCCUACUCUGCUCCUCUUGCGUCGACAUCCCCCUCCCACCCCGGCAUUUCCACCUUACGCGGCACAUUGGUGUAUCGUCCGUCCCAAGGGCCACCCCAAGCCUGUAAUAAACAUUCUAUUUAGUACUAAAAGAGACGUGUCCUGCUUUCAGAGAAGGGGUCUGCUCCUGUUCCACGAGUCUUGACCCCGUCUUCUGUAACGUCCAGCCGUUCAUCUGUCUGUGUUCUUGUGCCUUAGACUCUGGCACAAGGAGACAGAAAUAGAAAGUCAGCCCGAACAUGGCAACGCUUCAGAAGAAAAAGGAAGAGCGACGAGCCGUCUCUCAUAACCCGCAAACCUUACCCGAACGUCCCGUCACACCCAACCAUACCUUGUGGACGCCUCCGCAACAGCAACAACACGGACGCUCCUCCUCCGUACAGAUCCCAAAGCACAAACUGCUCUCACCGCUCGCGCCUCCCAUCGACCUACAUCGGAAACCCGUGGGCAGCAGCGAGUCAGCCACGUCGCCGAGAGUGUCCUCGGCGACGACGUCACCGGUCAAUUCGAGACCCAACACUAGUUACUCAAGCCAGCCUGCAUCCCCAUUUCGAAGCACUCUUGCUCCGCAUCAUGCCAACACCCUACCUGUCCCCACCAGUGGCGAGUCCCCGGGGCAUUCACCGGGAUCGUCGCCGACACGGGCGAGCAAAAGAAAGAGUUGGUUCUUGGGCGGAGAGAAGAAGCUCACGAAGCCUAGCAAAGACUUCAAGGAGGAGAAGCAAACAUCCUGGAUCGCGGGUAUCGAUGGCCAGAAGCCAGCGUACGAUCUUCGUCCGCUGUUGAAUGCUCAGCAGGUAUCGGAACUGUGGGACCCGCAGGGCGACGUCUUCGUGUACCUGUUCCCCCGCACUUCAGGAAAAGGCCCAUCCUUCCGCGUGGACUCAGGCAUCUUCUCUUCCAGCUCCGUAUUGACUAAGCUCGCGUUUGGCAACAUUUACAGCGUGGCGGGUGCUGGCAUGAGCACGACGUCGCUCAGCCAUGCCUCGCAACGACAGUCUUCGAUGGACCGAACACCCAGGCCAGGCUCGCGGACGGCCUCGCCCGCACCGAUCUUCCGCUCGCCAGCGAAUUCCACCUCUGAUCCGUCAGAGGACUCGUUGGAUUCCAGAGGACUAGACGAGGUCAAUUCGGGUCCAAUUCAUCUGUAUUUGCCAAUUUCGCUCAGUGCUGAUGGCGCCAUCACUGGCCCAGGCGAUCAACAGCCGUCGCUCAGCGAAAACGACAUUGACAUCCUGGUCUCCGUUCGGAAUCUGUUUGCAUUCCUUCAGGGACAGUCAAUUGUGGCCACCGAGCGAAGGAGUUCCAUCUUCGGUAUCUUUUUGAAAGUCGCAGACCUGCUUAACAGCUUCGGCUUCUCCAACUUGGACGGCUCAACGUUCGGCGAAGUUGCGAAUGCGAGCUUCAACAGCUACGUCGAGGAGCUGCGCAUCAGCGAUGUGCGCCACAGCCGUGAAAAGACCAUCGAGGCCAUUGUGCUCGGUGAAAGAAUGCGUUCAGUGCUCCUCUACAAUGAAGCCUUCGUGCACGGCGUCGGCAAAUGGGACGAUCUUCUCGAGCUCAAGAGCCCAAAGUUCGAACUCAUCAGUGACGUUACCAAGAUGCGAAUGGAGCGCGCUGCUCUAGAUCUGCAGUCGAGGAAGCGCAACAUCAAUCAGAAGCUGCACGACUUUGAAUUUCCCGGCAUGUUUGCUGGAAUUAUGAACAGCAAAACUGCCGAUGAGGCUAAGACAGUCAGAUUUAACGUUUGGCGUGACAGCUUUAUGAGCACACGAAAAUGGUUCAUGGGCUACUACAAGAACAAAUAUGGCUCCUGGCCACCGAAAGCCAGCUCGAAGAAGAACAACCUUGAGACAAGCGGGCUGAAUAGGCUGGUUCUCAGAGAUCUUUACCAGGAUCUCAGCGACCUCUAUGACCUGCUUGUCGAUCGCACAGCACUGACUACUCGCACGACGGACAUGGUCAUGGAGGAUGACGAUACCGAGGAGUCUUGGGGGCCCAUGCACCGAGCAUUGAGAAAGGUGUUGAACGAGUACGAUCGAAGCACGCCGCCAGUCCAACCGCCAAUACCCUUUGACACGCCUAGAAUUCCGGCCAUGACGCCUGUUGGCGAUAAAAAGGCCGAACUCAAAGCGAGAGCGAAGAAGCUCAAGAAGGAUCAGCUGUACAAGGUUCUCAAGGACUCUUACAAUCCCGACACGGACGCCAAACAGACGCCAUUCCUCACCGCAUUCAAGGAAUACGAGUUCUCGCAGGCCGUUCAUUGCACCAUUGGCCACGUUGCAGACCUGCGACAAGGACAGUGGCUAUUCAUGUACGGCGUUCUACAGUCUCUGCCUUUACUUGUGGUCGACGCGCCGGCCGUGAAAUGGACCGAAGGCGUCGAAUACUUUCUCUGCAUGCCUCCACGCUCGGGCGUGCCCUGGGCAUUAGCCGAGCGCGAGCGCAAGUACUACGCCGUUGCCGGCAACGCAAACACCGUCGUCAGUCUACCAAGUGAUGUUAUCGAGUUCGGCAUUGAGGGCAUCUAUCGCCGCAGUCACUGCUGGAUCAUGGCAGAGAAGUGGACUGCCAACUCUGAGAUCAUGCAACAAGCAGUGGCAGAGACUCUGCAGCGAGCAAACGAUGCUCUUCCGGCGCUGCCGGGCAGCAUCCCAGCCGCGGAUUCUACAGGCUCAAGAAGCAGGAGUCAGAGCCCGAACCGGCCUGAUCGCAUGAAGAGAGCAAGCGUCAUACUCAGCGGCCUCGAGGCGCUUCCCAUGCCACCGAGCGUGUUCGCGAAUGGCAUCGGGAGUGGGGUCAGGACGCCGUCUGGUAGCGGCUCUCCCAUCUUAGGACCCAAGGGCAGUCCGACGGUUCGACCUUCGAGCCAAGCGGACAGCAGCAAAACAUUUGAUGCCAUUCUUGGAAGCAUGGAGGCUGCCGGUGGUGCUGCCCACUCCAAGAAAGGAAAGAAAAAGUGAGUCAUGCCUAGCGACUAGUUUUAUCUUCAAGAUCCUGCACCCAUGUAUGAUUACGACUUUUGUCCUAUCUGAGGACCACGUCUGGACACUUUUGAUUUUCGAGGCAUGAGCGACGAAAAGUGGAUCAUUACAUACAGUAGAAUACAUGAGCUACGUAAUCUUAAUGAUACCCACUCACGAAAAUUGGCAUGAUCUCAUCGACUUAUAUUCGAUUACCAAGACGGAGAGCUCUUUCAGAUUGUGCACUACUAUGUCUUGUCGACGUCCAGUCUCCCCGCCACCCCACUGGGGGACUUGCGGGCGAAACGAAAUAAGCCAGCGCUGAAACUAAUGUUUGAAGCCCUCUCUUGUAAGAAGUGAAAAAUGAAAAAAAAAAAAAAAAA